GUCGCGGGACGUAAGGGCUUUCCUCACGUGAUUUACGCGCGGAUCUGGAGAUGGCCGGACCUCCAUAAGAAUGAACUGAAGCACUGCAAGUUCUGUCACUACGCCUUCGACCUCAAACAGGACAGCGUGUGUGUCAAUCCAUACCACUAUGAGAGGGUGGUCUCCCCUGGAAUUGAUUUGUCUGGACUUAACAUCCAACAUGCAGCCCCGCCCUCUCGCCUCGUUAAGGACGAGUAUGGUAACGAGAUCGGGAUGAGCAUGUCGAGUUCUGAGGAAGUCUCACAAACAGUACAACAUCCUCCUCAGAGCGAGUUAGCUCGGAUCCUGACGUUCGGCGGCAUGGGUCAAGGGUCAUCCGGCCCUCAGUCGACUGUGCCACAGCACCCUCACACGGCAGGACCAGCUAUUUCAAGCCCCCUGGGGCGGGGCCCCAGUGCCCCCAACACCCCCCUACAUAAUCCAAUGUCCCCCCAGGCAAAUCCUUUAUCGCCACAGGCACAAUCAGCAGCCAGUGCCAUGUCUCACGGUCUGCCCUCGCCGAUGGGGGAGGGAUUCGGGGCUCAGGUGUCCUCUCACGUCUCACAAUCACCGACAUUAUCCAACAUCAGCGCAUUUCCCCCACGCAGUUCUAUGGCUGCUACAGCGACAUGGGUGGGAAAUAACACAGCAACAUAUACCUCUUCACAGGAUCCUCAAUUCU